AUGGUUUCCUUUUUUGGUCUUAAGCUUGGAGGUGGUAGGAAGAAGUCACAGGACAAAUCGGCUUCGAAACAAAUACAGCACUUACAUCGAAAUGACACAGUCGAACCAACCUCGACAAAAGACCUCCGUCGACUCACCAACAGCAGCAACUUCUCGCGCCCAAACUUCGCUCGUCCUGGCACUUCAAGCUCCCAACUUGAUCCCCCAUCGCAAUGGCGAGCUCCAUACAUGGGCGGAGCAGGAGGCGCUUCCUCCAUGGUUGAUCUCACUGCACCGCGAGCGCCAGGAAUGGGAAUCCCCCGAUUUCACUCCUCAGAUAUGAACCUCAACACACGCUUCGGCAAUGGCAGUUCUACGAGUCUAGUUGCACCAGGGUCCGCAGGUGCCAAACAUAUACCCAUUGAGCCCGCGCGCCCUGGAACCGCCGUAUCAACAAGAGAGCCCGAGAACCCAUUCAACAUUCACUUUGGAAACGAUUCGGUUGUUAGUAUACCGCCAACGCCUAUGGACGAGCCUAGCGGACACUCAGACCAGUUCGAAUUUCACCUCGGAAGUGAGACUAUCAAAGACGUCCGGGCUAAAAGCCCAGUCUCCAUUGUCAAUAAUGGAUAUCCUUCUCCUCCGCCUUCAAUUGUCAACGCCGAGCGAUCUUUCUCACCCGAUAACCGACCUUCGAGUAGCCGCCAAAAUGUGCCCAACGCGCCUAGUCUUCGCAACCCAGGCGCUGCAGGUCCCAUGUCUCUGCCGAGUCCCGCUGUUUCAGUUGCUCGUAGCGAAGAUGUCUGGGAAGCUCCCGUCAUUCGCAAUGUGAUAGCUAAGCGCGAUACCUUCACGUUUCAUACGCCCCGGCGGCAAAGUUUUGCUAUGGAUAUGGACGAUCCCAAAGCGCGUGAAGGCUCUAAGCCGAUGGCUGAAGGUCUUGCGGGAAACUUUACCGGGUUUGACUUUGGUGAUACUGUCAGGAAAGGCAGUAUUGGAAGCAAGAGCAUAGACAACAACUCGAUCGAAGGUGGCGUCAGUCCCACGGAAACCAACGUUAAGACCAGAGCGCUAGGAACGGCAAGAACAGCUAGUCCUCUGAGAACUAUGCAGUCAAGCCCCAGCCUGAGCAUGAUUGACACGGCUUUGACGAGAGCUCGAACCGCGAGUGAUGCAAUGUCUCCUUUGUCACUGGUAUCAUCAUUGGCAUCGGCAGCAGCAGAGGACACGCCCCGUAUAAAGACUCCUCAACCUUCCCAGGAGCCUAAGUCAGCGCAGCAAACACCCAGAAUUCUUCUGCCCGGUCAGCUUUCUGAGCCUUUACAAGCCAUGCGACCCGUUUCACCUUCGCGCUCUCCUCAACCUUCGCCGCUUUCGCAACCUCCUCAACAGAAUUCCCCUGGACCAUCACCAAUUCUUUCCAGUUUUCCCGGUCGUUCACCAUCACCACCAGUUGGAGCUCAAUUUCCACGUUCUCCGCCUCGGCCGUAUAAACAGAAUCUCCAGCCUUCGCCUCAGUAUCCCCCGAAGCAAUACAAGGCAUACCAACCACCAAAUUCUUCUCCACCAACUCGACCUCUACCGUCACCAUACAAGUCACCCACCGCUCCUCUCCCGCCUGUACCACCACCUCGAUUAAACCCUGGCAACAGAAGUAAAACCCCCGACCCAGUUAGGAGUGAAAGUCCGGGCUUUAUUACAAAACCUCUCGAGCCUCCGCCUCGCAACUUUCGUCCCCGAACAGACUCCGAUUCACGACUUGAGCGACCUUUACGAGUUCCAGCUCCCCUUACCGAGCGGUCAGCGACCAUUCCCUUGAUGGGAUCAGCGCCACGAAGUACAGUUGGCCCAAGCUUCGACGAAGGCGGUUUUGUGCGGGCUCAACGGAUUCCCGAACCGCCACGAACGGGGAGCCCGUUCUCUCAACGUAGCCCUAUGGAGGGCGAGUUCCCUGUUCAAAAGGGCCUUCCGCGAGGUCGCAAGCCUCAGACUUUCGAGGCACAGAGCCCUGAGAGAAGUUUUGGCCUGGAGCCAAGGAAGCAGCGACGCCAGCCUCCCAUGUACCCUCCCGCAAGGAACGCCGAAUCACCCGUACCUGGUUCUCAGCUGGAGGAGUCUUUGGAAACCCCUGGUACCCCGAACUGGAAUGAUUUCGACCGUGCCGAGGCACACAAAUCUGCUAUUCCUGCUGCUCUCUCACCCUUCCGCUCUCAGUUUGCUCGAUCCCCUACCCAAGCCACUGACGACUCCCUAAGCCCGCGCUUCGCUCAGUACGCAUCUUCGCCAAUCUCGGAUACGCCACCCAGUCUGCCUUCGCCUUCAUUCCCAUCCCUGCAAAAGUCGAUCUCCAACUCGAGCGAGAAUCUUGCACGAAGCUUUGACAUGGCCUUUGAUGGAAAUUAUGAGUCGAGAUCAGAGCAGAAUCAAGCCAGGCCGCUGAUUUCGCCUGUCAUGGUCGACUUCGUACGACCUAGGGACCGCAGCAGGACUCGCGUCGAGGCCAAGAAGGCCCCUCCUCGGCCAUCUCCCAUCACUGUUCCAUCGCCGACUUUACCGGAUGUUGGAAGAGUCAGGACUCCAAAUCCCGUGGUUGAUGCGUAUAACCCAGGAUUUAUCUAA